UUCCUAUCCAGGCACCAUUCCUCAUCUACCUACUUUUAAGACUACUCAGUACUUGGCUGGAUUGCCUGUCGAGGAUCAAAAUAAUCGUAUUAAUUUGAAAUAAAUUUCAGUUGGGCGAUAACCUCCACCCCACACUACCAACAUCAGGGUAGUAUCCCAGACAACAACUCCUCCAACUCCUUCUGGAAUAGGAUCCAAUCCUUACAGCCUAACCAUGCACACCCUCAAAGCCACCGCAUCCUCUUCUCUCUCCCUCUCCCCGGGAAACUACAUCUACUCCAUCACGGCUUCAUCAUCCCCGGGUUCCUUCGCCGCCAUCUCCUCGGAUGACUCCCUGCGUGUGUUUGAUGCUGCCAACCUCGACCAUGUCUCUCUUGUUGCACCAAACACCCACAGUGAUGGAGUCACUUCCUUGAAGGCAUAUGAUCAGCAUUAUCUGACCACUGGCGGAAGAGAUGGGAAGGUCAAAGUGUGGGAUUUGCGGAGUGGGAAAGGUUCGCCCGUUGUGGAAAUGGAGGCUGCAAAAAACGCCCCCGUGCUGUCGGUGGCUUGCUGUCCUCAGACCAACUCGGUCGUUGCUGGCACGGAGCUUCUUUCUUCCCAGGCUAUCGUUGCAUUCUGGGAUAUCAGAUCACCGGAUCAUCCCCGUCUUCAGUAUGUCGAGAGUCACAAUGAUGAUGUAACCGAGCUUCAAUAUCACCCAACUCGGAACAACAUCCUCCUCUCCGGCAGCACAGACGGUCUGGUCAAUAUUUACGACACUACCAUUGAGGACGAAGACGACGCCCUCGUCCAGGUCAUCAACCACGGCUCCGUCCAUCAUGCAGGCUUCCUCUCCGAAAACACCAUCUACGCCCUCAGCCACGAUGAAGACUUUUCAGUUCACCCUGCUACGGAUCCGGACGAUGAGACGCAAGAACCCGACCCGGUGCAGUUUGGUGACUUGAGAGAACCUCUAGCCUGCGAGUACAUUGCCCAAUUAUGCAUUGGCAGCCAAGGCCCGUAUAUCGCCGCUGGAAACAAGAUUGACAAACGAUUGGACUUGAUCCCCCUGCUCUCUAGCCCAUCUUGGCAACUCGACCAGAAUAACCUUUGGCGUUUGCCGGGGGCUCAUGGUGACGAGGUUGUGCGCUCGGUUUAUUUGGAUGAACAGUCCAAAUCUGUCUUCACCGGCGGCGAAGACGGUUUCGUGCGUGUGUGGAAACCGGAGGAUGGAGAGGGAGGGGAUGUCCAGAUGGACACAUCAUCUACAAAGGGGAUUCGGAAGGAGAAGAAGAGGGAGAAGGAGAGAUUUAAGCCGUACUAGGCAUGGUGCCUAGAAUUAUGAUUGUUGAUUUAAUUGAUUGGUUGGAAUUUUCCCUCGAAUUGUACUGCGAGAUGUUCAGUAUUCAGUAUGGCGGAAGAAUAUAUAUCGAUACAACUCGCAGACCUCAUACCUGCACACGGCAAGGACCAUAGAUAAUUAGAAAAUAAAACACAUAUACAGACAUAAAAACUAGCAACUAAGAUAUCAAAAAAGAAAGCCAAUAC